AUGAUUUUCUCUUGUUUUUUUUUACAACGUACACUCGACAUCUAUGUUUAUUGCCAUAUCAACAAUACAAUACCAAAAACAUCGAAUUCACCAUUUGUAUUGAUUAGCGACAAAAACUGGCCAACUAUUGAACAAACGAUAAAAAAUUUAUUAAAUUUAAAAACGAAUCACAUUCAGUUUACAAACGUAUCAGAUGUACGAAUAGUUGAUAUCAUACCAAAAAUGUAUUCAAUUCAAGCAAAAUAUCUGCCAACUUUAGGGUGUAAUAGCAACGGUUGUCUACGAGUUUUAGGUAAAAUUAUAUUUUCGAUUGGUUGUCCAUUAGCAUGUCAAUUACGUAAAGUCAAUAAAACUAACACUUUAAACGUAAUUCAACCAUCUGUGAUAUUGAGUGUAAAUUCGACAUCGAAUGUCAACUAUCUCAUUGAAUUAGAUGCAUUUACAAUUGUUGCAGCCAUUCCAGAAGGUGAAAAAAUUGGUGAUCAAGUUAGAGCAUUUAUGUUUUAUAGUUUAAUGGGAAACAAUGAUCGAGCAUUUUCAUCAACGAGUAUUUCGGUCGAUGAUUCCAGUUUAAUUAAUAUAACUCGUUUAAUAGAUGAGAGCAUAAAUAAAUCUAAUAUGGAUAUGUAUAAAUUUAUUGUUCUUCAAGCUGAGGUGAUUAUGGAAUCUUCAAUAUUAAACGUUACUGUUGUGUUUACAUUUACUACCACAUACGUUUUAAUUACGACACCAACAUUAGUAUCGAUUCCAACAACGGGCAAUCCAAUUAUACCGAACAAUGUAACAGCACAAGCGAUAACUGAAUCAACUCAAAAAACAGCAAAAACAAUUUUUGAAGCAACUUACAGAUUAGAAUCAUUUGAUUUCAUAUUAGAUGGUGAUUUCGAAAGUGGUCCUAUUAUAGAUAAUUCAACUUUAAAUGAUUUAACCAACAUGAUGCAAACAACAGUAUCGAACGAUUCAAAUAUCAAUGUAAUUGUUUUCAAUGCUACUAUUGAUAUUGAUAAUGAACAGUCUACAACGAAACCAGUUUCCUCGGAUUCGACUAAUUAUAUUCUUCGUCUUAUUGUUUCCUAUAUCUAUCCAAUAGCAUGCAAUGCUUGCAUUGAAAUAUGUGAGAGCUCUAUUUAUGAUGAACCACAAUUAGACAAACUGAUUGAAAUUCGAAAUGCUUCUUUAAUUGAUAUUUCUCGACCGGUGAGCGUUAUUAACUUGACGCCGAAUACUAUGACAACAAUAAUUUCAUCUACUCAUACAGUUACGAUGUCAACUGUUCAUUCUUCAACAACACAUUCAGCUGAUAAUCAUACAAUAAAAAUAACAACGACAACGGUUGUUCAUUCGACUACUAGUCAACAUCCAAUAACAGAAAAUACAACUACUGCUCAUCAUACAUCAGACACUAAAACGAGUUCUCUUCAUACAACAACUUCUAAUCAUACAUUGAAAUAA